AUGAAAAUAGGAUUCACAUUUUAUAAUAAGUACACAGUGACUAGUUUAGAACUUCUAGAACUUAGAGUGCCUGCACAUGUGCCACUCGGUACAAGACCUUCAUUGUCUUGUCGGUGGCAACUGGGUCCUACUGAUGUGCUUUAUUCAGUCAAAUGGUACAAAGAUGGAAAGGAAUUCUUUAGACACGUGCCUCGCGACGUCGAACCACGAAGGAAGUUCUUGCUACCAGGAGUUGAUGUAGAGCAAUCUAGUCCUAAUGGGUCUAAUGUAACGCUCUCGCCGGCGGUGCUUGAAACCGGCGGACGAUACCGCUGUGAAGUAUCUGGCGAAAGACCACUCUUUCCCACCGUUUCUGAUCAUGCCGACAUGAUCAUAGUUGCUUUACCAGCUACGGGUCCAAUUAUUAGUGGAUCUCGUCUUCGUUACCAAAUAGGGGAUCGAGUGCAUGUAAACUGCACGUCUGGACGGUCGCGGCCUGCUACGAGGCUGACAUGGUACAUCAAUGGAGAACCGGCACCUGCCGCUGCCGUGCUUUCUCCUGAACAUCACCAACACGAGGAUGGACUCGAGACUACAAGCCUCGCCCUUGAUUUUAAAGUUAAACCUAAACAUUUUAAGAAGGGAGACCUAAAAUUGAAGUGUCUUGCAACCAUUGCGACUGUAUACUGGAGGAGUAAUGAAGAAAGUGUCCAAGGUGAGAGAUUGAAAGGAUACGCCCGAUCUAGAGAGCUUUUAGAAGGAACAUCUCGGGCGGACCGCGUGCGGGCGGCCGGGUCCGGCCACUAUCAGCCAGCAUAUACAACACUGUCGCUUCUCUUAACGUUAGCUCUUCAUCUCCCAUUCAGACUUAUAGUAAUU